UGAAAUAUACCUUACAGAGAAAAUAGCAUCUUAGUUCUCGAUUCUUCGCAUCUUAUCACAGAUCCCACCUCAUUUGUCUCCUCCUCCACCCCUUAAAUCUCCACUCUCUUCCCUCAUUCAAUUCAUCUCAUCUCAUCUCAUCUCAAAAUGAACAUGUUGUUGGAUUCCCAUGUCGAGGCUCUUGCCUUCAACUACCUCAACUUCGCCGCACUCACCAUCCUCAACAACCUAUGGACCUGGCUCGCCCUCCUCACCGCCGCCCUCAGCUUCUGGAGAAUCCGUUCCUCCAGCCACCCUGUUCCCAAGCACAACAACCCGGUUGCUGAGCCGUUGUUGUCAGAAUCCCAGCCCUUAGCGGCGGAAACAGAGGCACCAGCACCACGGAAAAUAUUGACGGCGGUUGUUAACGGUGGAUCUGUUGACGUUGACGGCGUUACGAAGGGGAAGUUCACGGUGUACUACUACAACGAGGAGGAGGACAUGCAAUGCAGUGGCGGCGAGAGGGAGGAGGUGUUGGCAGCGGCGUUUGACGGCGGAGAAGGGUGUGAAACGGAGUGGUGGAAAUGUUGGGAGACGGUGUUGAGGGUGAGAAACGGUGAGAGCGAGAAGGGGUGGUACACGUGUCAGGAUUUGACGGAGCUUAACGGCAACGUUGUUAGAUUAUGGGACGGUGGCCGGUUACGGUUAGGUGUUGGCGGUGGUGGUGGUGGUUCAUUCACGAGGGAAACGUGUCUGAAUAGUAAUAGCAUGAUGAUUAGAUGUUAGGUUAAGGUUAAUGUCGUGUAGUACUAUGUUUCUGUUGGACCAAUUGAAGCUCUCAAUGAGAGAUGAUUGAGAUUUGAAAAUGUAUAUAUGGUAGUAAUUUGGUAGUGGUUAUUUUGAAUUUUGGAUGAUGAGAUUAAUAUUAAGUUAUUGUCAUCUCUUUCGUUCACGUAUGUGUGUCUCAAAUUGAGACGCAAAUGCCAGAAUAAAGCAAGCUUUUUUGUGUUUUUGAA